AUGGCCGCGGAACAAAGAAAAGCACUUGAGGCACUUAUGGGGACAGAAGCUCUGGGUGGCGUACCCGACACCGUGAAUUUUUGGGAUUCAAACGUGUGCAGAAAUUGUCUUUGUGGGUUAUGCCCACACGAUCUGUUCACCAACACGAAAAUGGACCUUGGUCCAUGUCCUAAGUUACAUUCUCAACGACUAAAGUCAGAAUACGAGGAAGCUCGCAAACGCAAUCCCAAUCAGCAUAAUUAUGAUCUUGAAUUCGAACGCAGCUUGGCUCAGUUCGUUGCCGAUUGUGAUCGUAAGAUCUUAAGUGCGCAGAGACGCUUGGAUAAGACUCCAGAAGACAGUGUAAAAACUACUAAAUUGCUUGAAGAGAUUCGUGAUUUAGAGAUGGAGAUUGCAGAAAUGACCAAGGAAGUAGAAAUACUCGGUGAAGAAGGAAAAGUCUCCGACUCUAUGAAAUUAUUGGCAGAUGUCGAAGAAAAAAAGGCUCAGAAGACUGAAAAAGAGAAAGAACUUAAGAAUUCCACGGAGGGUGGUGGACCAUCUCAACAACAAAAAUUACGCGUUUGUGAGGUCUGCAGUGCUUAUUUGUCUAUCUAUGACUCUGAUCGACGUCUAGCUGAUCACUUUGGCGGAAAGAUGCAUAUCGGAUAUCUUCGCAUUCGUGAAUUGUUAAGAGAACUCAGAGAGAAAAAUAAAGAUAGAAAUGUAGGCUCAGGGGCUCGCGGUGAUCGUCGUUCCUACGACCGCCGUUCUCGUUCUCGCUCACCAGACAAACGUGGAAGUGGACAUGGCGGACGUAGAAGGUCUCGAUCUCCGACGGCUGGAUCAAAUAGAUCUCGACGACAUUAA